CGGCGCGCCGGGGGCUCCGUCCGCCGGUCGCUGGGGCGGAGCGGCGGUCAUGGCCGCCCUGCGCGCCCUGCUGCGGUGGCGCCGCCGCUUGGGCCCCGCGCCCGCUGCGCAGCCGGCGCGGCGGCUCUGGGCCGGCGGCGGGGCCGGGGCGGCGGGGCUGAGGCGGUGGCGGCGGGAGCUGGGCUGGGCGGCGGGGGGGGCUCUCGCCGGGUACGUGGGGUACCGGCUGUCCGAGCGGCGGCGGGAGGCCUCCCGGGAGCCGGCAGCCGCCGAGCCGGGCGGGGCCCGGGCGCUGCUCUCCAUCCCCGUGGCGGCCGCUGCCAAGGAGACGGUUACAGAAAACAGAUCAGACCUUGAAGAUUUACACCUUUAUGCAACUCCUCGGGAGCAACGGUUUCGUAGGUUUGCCAGUUUAGAGUUUGAAGGACAGCUAUAUAUGACUCCAUAUGACUUCAUUCAGGCUGUCACAAGUGAUGAACCCAAACGUGCUAAAAAGUGGCGAUCCCUUUCAAAGCAGGAACUGAAUCAGAUCCUUAUGGAGACGCCACCAGUUUGGAAAGGAUCAUCCAAACUUUUCCGUAACCUUAAUGAGAAAGGUGUGAUAUCUUACACAGAAUAUUUAUUCCUCUUAUGUAUUUUAACAAAGCCACAUGCAGGUUUUAGAAUUGCUUUCAACAUGUUUGACACUGAUGGCAAUGAGAUGGUGGACAAAAAGGAGUUCUUAGUGCUACAAGAGAUUUUCAGGAAAAAAAAUGAGAAGAGAGAAAGGAAAGGAGAUGAAGAAAAACGUGCACUGCUGCGUCUUCAACUUUAUGGAUAUCAUACUUCUACUAACAGUGUUCUUAAAACAGAAGGAGAGGACCUUGUCCCCAGAAGCUAUUGGGAUACUUUGAGACGUAGCACAAGCCAAGCACUCUUUUCGGACCUUGCGGAGCGUACUGAUGAUAUGUCAAGUUCACUGUCAGAUACUACACUGCUUGUACACUUUUUCGGCAAGAGAGGAAAAGCUGAACUGAACUUUGAAGAUUUUUAUAGAUUUAUGGAUAACCUACAAACUGAGGUUCUAGAGAUAGAAUUUCUUUCCUACUCUAAUGGGAUGAACACCAUCAGUGAGGAAGACUUUGCCCAUAUUCUUUUGAGGUAUACAAAUGUGGAAAAUACAUCAAGUUACCUGGAAAACAUGCGCUGCAGGAUUCCUGAAGAAAAGGGUAUCACGUUUGAUGAGUUUAGAUCAUUUUUCCAAUUCUUGAACAACCUAGAAGACUUCACAAUUGCAAUGCAAAUGUAUAAUUUUGCAAGUCGUUCCAUAGGUCAAGAUGAAUUCAAACGUGCUGUGUAUGUAGCCACAGGUGUGAAGCUUUCACCUCAUCUGGUGAACACAGUGUUCAAGAUUUUUGAUGUUGACAGAGAUGACCAGUUGAGUUAUAAAGAAUUUAUCGGCAUUAUGAAAGACAGACUCAAUCGAGGGUUUAGGGGCUACAAACCUAUACAGAGGUAUACUACUUUCAAAUCCUGCGUGAGGAAGGAGCUCUAUAGCAGAUAAAUGACGGAGACUCCGAAGUAUGGUUGGAAGGAAUAUUAUUCUUGUGUGAUGACUGUAACCAGUGAACAUCUCAGAGAUCUAUGGAAGCAAUUCCGGAGACGAGAUACACUGAGAUGAAGGAAGAAGGAUUAUCUGCACUGGAGGGAACUGUUUAUCCCUAUGAAUUCUUAAUGAAGAACAAACUAAACCAGGUGAAUUGUGUAUCUUCCAUCUGCAAUAGAAAACACGGGACUUCUUUUCCACUUAGUGUAGUGAACAUCAACUCUUACAGCUGCUUUUCAGUAUGUAUUUUAUUUAAAUGACAAACUAAUUAUCACCUGAUUGGCAAAAGCGGGUUUUUUUAAGAAUACAUUUUGAAUAUUAUUUUUUACUAUUUCGAGAUGUUUGUCAUUUAAAGCAAAACAAAAAUUAGGUUUACACUUAUUAAGUAGGCAAACAUUUUGGCAAUUAAGAGAAACUGUCUGCAUCAUCAAUAGAACUGUGAAUUUGCUUUCAGAAGAGCACUAAUAAAAGUUUGUGCUAAAUUGGGAAUGAGAAUACACUAAGUAGCGUAACAAUUAUAUACAAGUUCAAUGGACAAAUUAAACUCUUAGAAACAUUGUUUUAAAAAGAAUAAAGCUGUUAAGGUUAUAAUGUGAAUGAUAGGUAUUUACCUAGGAAAGGUACUGUAUGGACUAUAAAGUUCAGAUUCUCCCAAGUCUUACUAUUAUGUUUAUUAAUUUUUCUUUGAAGAGAAUAGCACAGAUUUUAAGAUGUCUUACAAGCAGUAUGUCAAAGGAAAGUCAAAUUGUUUGAAUUCAUUUUAAGUAAAACACACUUUGUAAUAUUUAUUAUAAAUUUUAUCACCAUGCAUAUAAAUUCACUGAUAUGUUUCUGGUAGAAUAAAACUUCAUGUGUUUCUUGUGAACAGUGCACUUUUAUAUGAAGUGGCACUGAGUAGAAAUUAUAGUUGCCUAAUUUUUUACUCUGGAAUGUAGUAUCUGAAAAAUAGUUAAAUAACGUGUUUGUGUCAAACAAAAAAGCAAAACAAAACACAAAUGCAUGCAGCAGUAUAAAGCAACACUCACUAAGUAAUAUUAUUUGAAUAUUACACAUCAAGUAUUGGACAUAAGUUAGGCGUUGCAAAGGUUUCAGAGACUACAGGCAAUCGGUAGCCCCUAUGCCCUUUCAUGCCAUGCAGAGUCACUGCAACAGUGGUAAGGACACUGUUACAUUAAUUUUCCAUAUCCUCUAAUUUUUUUCUUUGCUGUUCAGUAGCAGUGUUUUUCCUUACUCGGUUGCAAGAUUGUUGUUAGGUGGUAUGAAUUAAACCCAAACAAACAUGAACACAUACUUCUUGUAUCCUUCUUGGAAAGGUUCACUGGGCAUUAAGUAAGUCUGUAUCUAUUUAGGAACAAGCUGUGCCUUGAAAUAUUUAUAGCUGAAUACACACACACACGCUAAUGUCAAUAAAUCGCUAUCUGAAAGGCAAAUAUUUGGUGGAGUCAGACAAUUAAAAUGGAACUAAAAUAAUAGCUUUAAAUCUUUAUUACUCUAAAUACAUGAAAGCAAACUUUUCAAAAUUGUAUUUAGUGCACAUGAUGCUCAAAUACCAUCUUCUUUCACAUGUGAGUAGAAAAGAUGUAUAGUAUCUAAGUACACCUAAGUUUAGAAAUGCUUGAUCUAUAAUGAGAUUCAUCUCUGCUAACAAAUGAAAACAAAACGUGAAGGAAGCUCUUUUUUAAGAAAUUCCACACUGGGAAUUUUAGAAAAAAUGUGUGGCUUUUAUCUGAGAAAAAGCCAGUUCAGAAAGUUUUUGAAGGAUGCUACUUCGUUUAAUACUUCAUGAUAAAUACUUAGGAAAUUUCCACCUUGAUGUCCUUAAACGACUUACAACAAGAAAAGUCAAAUAAAUUGGGAUAAAGGUUCUUGAAUUGACACAACAGAACAUGGGUAAGCUGCAAUCCCUGUGUGAUCAUUUAGGGAAUCAAUUGUAUUUAAUGUAUCGUCUUGGUACGCAGAAUUGUCUCACUGCUUCUUGUCAGCAUAUGCAAAACUCAGUUUGCUACUUCAGUGAUGGAGGUCAAAAAAAGGGAAGAAAAGCUAGGGAACUACUGAAGGGGUUCCUGUCCUUCCUCUUCAUUCGCUACUGCCCACUCAUGGUGAUCCUGUCCUGGGAGGAAGCAGUACCAUCAUCAUUUUGCUCCUCCCCUGCCCUAGGCAAUAGUGCACUUUGCUUUUAUGGCUGGCUUGAGACAAUUUUAUCAUUUUUCUAUGUAUUUCAUAACUGUAGUCACUUAAUAUAAAAUAGAAUGUGAAAGUGUCAGAUUAGUUUUUAAAAGUAUUUUCUCAUGUUUAAUAAUAAGUUAUUUAAUAUAAAUAUGAAUAUAUGCAUAUAAUAUUGUUAUUUCAAAAUAAAUGCAGUUGAAACUAGUUUUCUUUGCAGUGUAUGUCACUCAUUCUUUUUUUUCAUAUAAAAAUCUUUUUUUGCAUAACAUGAAUGUACAAGUGCUUUGAAUUAGAGCAUCUCACCAUCACAAAAAAAUAGACUCGUUUGCUUCUUUUGGUCAUUUCUAUAGAUAGCUUUGCUUUUCUGCCACAGAAUUCUGCAUAAAAGAGCUAGAAGUGCAAGGACAGACAGGUGAAAACAAGGCAGGGUAAUGGGGCAUGCCAUCUGCUAUAGAGGCACCCCUCGGAUAGGCAGCAGUUACUGUGCUCAAUAAAACCGUAUUCAAAAUC